AACCUCACAUUUUAACGAACGCAUAUCCCUAACCCACAGUACCCAAAUGUCCCCUCGCUCCUCCCCCUUCCCUUCUUGCUUCCGCCCCUCCUCCAACACCACGGUCCCUGAAAACAACCGAACUCCGCCGUCACCGCCGCCUCCGCCACCAACAACUUCAGGCAAUCCCAACCUUACAAGCUGUCUUUACCAAACAGAACUUGGUCUUUUCUCUCUUACAUGGUCUCGCUCCUUUAUCGGCCACUCUCUCCACCUCCAACUCCACUCCGGCGAUACUGCCACCGCCUCUCCUUUUUCUUUCUCUAACCCAUCGUCUCUUUCUAUCUUAUCUUUCCAUGUCCAUAUUAAGCCUUUCAUUUUUUGGAAAAAACAUGGAUCCAAGAAGCUCCAUGUUAUCAAUCAAGAACCCAACGCCUCCGUCCCAGGAGUCCAAAUCUUUUGGGAUCUUUCAAGAGCCAAGUUCGGAUCCGGACCUGAACCCCAAUCCGGAUUCUACAUCGCUGUAGUUGUUGACCGCGAAAUAAUUCUUCUUGUUGGCGAUUUGACCAAACAAGCUUGUGCAAAGACUAGAGCUAAAAGGGCAGAUAGAAGUCAAGUUCUUGUUUUAAGAAGAGAGCACGUUUAUGGCAACAGAGUAUACACAACAAAAGCAAGAUUUGGAGGCAAAAACAGAGAUAUAUCAAUAGAUUGUACGGUCAAUAAUGACGCGAGAUUGUGUUUUAGCGUUGAUAACCAAAAGGUUUUGCAGAUAAAGCGAUUAAAGUGGAAAUUCAGAGGAAAUGAGAAGAUUGAAGUAGAUGGAGUGCCUACCCAAGUCUCAUGGGACGUUUACAACUGGCUUUUUGAAGAUGUAAAUAAUGGCCAUGCAGUAUUCAUGUUCAGGUUUGAAACUCAAGACAUUGAAGACGCAGGGGAAGAAGAAGAAGAAGGAAGAGGAGGAACUGAAGUUUGUAAUGGUCAAGAUGAGAAAAACGGUGUCGUUCCCUGGCAACAUAGUAAUUUGGGAAUGAGUGGAAUAGAAUGGAGGAAAAUGAGGAGUUUAAUGAGAACAACAAGGAGUUCAUCUUCAUCGUCGAUUUCAAUGUCGUCGGCAUCUUCCGCAGGCGGCUCUUCUUCCAUAAUGGAAUGGGCUAGUACGGAGGAGAAUGAACUGAGUUCCCCUAAUGGCUUCUCUCUGCUAGUUUAUGCUUGGAGGAAAUGAAGAAUUAUGGGUUCUUUAAAUUUUUUUUGGCAAUGUUAAUUAAUUGAGUUCAACAAUUUUCUUUUUGCUAAAUUUUAUGACUUGUGACUAACCCAUUUGUUGAUGAACAUAUUUCUAUAGAAUGAACCAUUAAUUAGGAGAAUUAGAACUAUAUAUGAAUGUUGUAAUCAAAUUUAUCAGUGAGAAAGCGUUUUGGUGUAAUGAUAGAUUUAUGAAUGAAAAUAGAAAGAUUAACUGAUAA